UGGAAGUUGCGCAGGGUUAUUUGGUCCUUCCAAGCGCAGCAUUCAUUCUUGUAUUCUUCAUCAGAUUUGUUUGGUUCGUCUCUUUUUAUCUCUUCCCAGGUAUGUAUGAAAUUGCUGUGAUAAAGGAAGCUGAGAACAUGACUGAAGAAAGAAGAGUUCACCCAGAUUGUCGGAAUGCUUCAAACCCUUAUCAUGAAUGCAGCGAAUAUUGCUUUAAGAUAAUAGCGGAAGUAAAGAAGCAAAUGAUCAAAGCUGAAACAGGUGUAUUGCAAGCUAAUACUGUUAAUGUUCAUCACCACUCGGUUGUGAGUUCUGAUGGGGUUGAAGAUGCACCUGAUGAAAGGGAUGGUCUUGAAGGGCACACUGAUGCAGAUGAUCAAGCCGAUGGAGAGGAUAAUAUGGGAGAAGACUCUGGGAAUCUCACAGGGAGGAAGAAAAAGUUAUUUGAAUUGAGGUUAAAAAUGAAUAAGGCAAGAAAAGCUAACCAAACUGCAAUGGUAGCAGAGAAGAAAAAAACAGAAGCUCCACCAGAGUCUAGGGGAAUGUCCAAGCAAAAAUGGAUUGAGGAAAGGAAGAAGAAAAUUGGGAAGUUGUUAGAUGCCAAUGGAUUAGAUAUGAGCAAUGCAUAUAUGCUAGAUACACAAGAGUCUGCAGAGGCAAAGUAUAAGAAGUGGGAGAAGGAGCCUGCUCCAGCUGGUUGGGAUGUUUUUAAUCAGAAAACACUAUACGAUGCAUACAAGAAGCGGACAAAGAAUGUUGCUGUUGAUGUAGAUGAGUACAAUAGAAUGAAGGAAGCUGACCCAGAAUUUUAUCGAGAAGCUUCUAGUCUCCAGUAUGGGAAGGCACCAAAAUUAUCAGACGACAAGAUAGAGAGGAUGGUGAAGGAGCUCAAGGACAGGGACGAGAAACGCCAAUCAUUUAGUCGGAGGAGAAAGUUCCACGAAGAGAAAGACAUUGACUCUAUUAAUGAUCGUAACGAGCACUUCAAUAAAAAGAUUGAGCGUGCCUUUGGAAAAUACACCUUGGAGAUCAAGAAUAACCUUGAGAGAGGAACUGCUUUGCCUGAUUGAAGUAUUAACAUGUGAUGUCAAUGCGUACUUUUCUGUAUCCUAGAGCAGUCUUAUGAUGGGGAUGAUCCUUGAUCUGUUGCUUUCCUGUAUCAUGAUUUCAGCUAAUGUUAAUUUCUAUCUCUCAACCUGAUGCAAAUGCUUGGUGGUUGUUGAUAAUGGUUCAUAUUGUAAGUCCCAUUA